AUGAAGUCUCUACACCACCGUCAUAUAAUACAGCUUCUACAAGUUUUUGAAACCAGGCACAAAACCUACCUGGUGAUGGAAUAUGCACCCCGGGGAUGCCUGCUGGAAUACAUCAACAAGUGUGGGUUUCUGAAUGAGGCAGAGGCAUGUACCAUGUUUACGGAACUCUGUUUGGCUGUCAAGUAUAUCCACAGUCAGAAUAUUGCCCACCGAGACAUCAAGGCUGAGAACAUCCUAUUGGAUUGUGAGGGGCAUGUGAAACUUACUGACUUUGGCUUAAGCAAAAGACUGACCUCUGGGGAAAAAUUCAAGGGAUUUUGUGGCACAGCACAAUAUUGUGCUCCUGAAGUGUUAGGUCACACACCAUAUGAUGGCCUUCCAGCCGACAUUUGGAGUCUUGGAGUAGUAUUAUAUUUCAGUUAUCGGCCACCUUCCCUUCCAAGAGACAGUGCACUCCAAGAUACGGUACAUGAUUCUAUCCCAGAGCUGUUGGAUUCCAUAUCUCCUGUCCCCAGAGCUUCGAGACCUAUUGAUGAGAUUAAUGACAAUAGACGCCACAAUGAGGCCAUCCAUCAAAGAAGUAUUGGCACACCCAUGGCUGCACCAUGA